AUGGCUGAAGCUACUGGUGGGACGGGGCAGGCUACGGGGAGCAAGCUGCGCGCGGCUGCGGCGGGCUGCACGCCGCAGGCUGCGCAUGGCUGUAGGCUGUGUGCGGGCGGGACGGAGCGGGCUGCGAGCAGCAGGCUGCGCGCGGUUGCGGGCUGCGCGCUGGCGGGACGGGGCGGGCUGCGGGCGGGACGGGGCGGGCGGCGGGUAGUGGGCUGCACGCGGGCGAGACGGGGCGGGCUGUGGGGAGCCAGCUACGCGCGGGCGGGACGGGGCGGGCUGCGGGCAGCGGGCUGCUCGCGGGGCGAGUCGUGCUGCUACUUCUGCUUUCACUCAUCUACGUCGCUAUCCUCUUUUGUGUCUUUCCCGACAUCCUCGCCAUCUACCGAACGGCAAGUGGCUUCCCAUCCCAUCCACAUUCCUUCCCUUCCUUCCCCACCACCCCCCAUGUAUCCCCAUUCCUUCCCUUCCUUCCCCACCAACCCCCAUUUAUCCCCAUUCCUUCCCUUCCUUCCCCAUCCCGCCCCAUCCUUCCCAAUUUCUACCCUUCCUUCCCCAACCCUCCCCAUCCAUCCCCAUUUUUUCCCGUCCCUCCCCAUCCCUCCCCAUCCUUCCCCAUUCCUUCCUUUCCCUCCCCAUCCCUCCCCAUCCAUCCCCAUUCCUUCCCAUGCCUCCCCAUCCCUCCCCAUCCUUCCCCAUUCCUUCAAUUCCCUCCCCAUCCCUCCCCAUCCAUCCCCAUUCCUUCCAUUCCCUUCCCAUCCCUCCCCAUUCCUUCCCUUCCCUUCCCAUCCCUCCCCAACCCCAUUCCCUUACCUCCCCAUUCCUUCCCUUCCCUCCCCAUGCCUUCCCAUUUUUCCCCAUUCCUUCCCUUCCCCUCCCCAUCCCUCCCCAUCCUUCCCCAUUCCUUCUACUCCCUCCCCAUCCCUCCCCAUCCAUCCUCAUUCCUUCCCUUCCCUCCCCAUCCCUCCCCAUCUAUUUCUACUCCCCUCCACUCGUUCCCUCCUUUCCUCCAUCUUCUCCUUCCUUUCUCCACUUCUCCCCGCCACCCCCAACCCACCACCCCCCCCCCCCCCCCCCCCCCCAUCACCCCCAGGCCUCUCAUUUGCAUUCAUCUGGCGGCGAUAA